GGCAUCAUCUCUUUUCUUUCACACACCAAAACACAUCUCCCCCACUCAACCCAUUCACUCAAUAGGCUCAUCCAGUAAAACUACAACAUGAUUCUUUUGGACUACCACAAUCGCAUCAUUGAGGACACCCUCAAGACGCGUUUCAAUCCUGAGAACAAACCCAAGCCAGUUGACAUGAACAUUGUAGAUUUUGAUGGAGUUGCCUACCACCUCUCAACUCUGGAUGGCCAAGACACAAAGCUACUCUUGUCUAUUCGCUGGUCAUGCUGGAAAGAGCUUAUCCAGUAUGGCGCCAUGGAUGUCCUGAGGCGUGAAUACAGUCAAUGGAUCGUGGACCCCGAACAAGGGUUCGAUUUUACUCUCCAAUUUGACCUCGAGAACAUUGGUGGCGAGCCAGAGGAUGUGAUCCGCAAGGUCUCGCUAUUGAAGCGUAAUGCUAUGGCAGCGCCUUUUGAACGAGCAUUCGACGCACAGGCAUUGGCGGAGAAGGAGGACACGUGGGACCCUUCGACUUCACAGUUGAUGACGAUCCAUUAUCGUGAAGGCGAGGCUAUAUAUGUACAGAACCAACAAGACAGAGUCACUGUUAUUUUUUCGACAUUGUUCAAGGAAGAAACGGAUCGUAUUUUCGCCAAAGUCUUCUUGCAGGAAUUCGUCGAUGCUAGAAAGAAGCCUCAUCUUCAAAAUGCGCCUCAGGUGAUUUAUUCUCAUCGUGAACCACCAUUGGAAAUCCGUCAUGUUCCUGGGCUUUUGGACUCUGAGAGUAUGGGCUAUAUUACAUUUGUUCUUUUCCCUCGUAAUUACGCUGCUGGUGCGGUGCGUGAGGAGACUAUUUCCAGGAUUCAGAUCUUCCGUGACUACCUCCAUUAUCAUAUCAAAUGCUCAAAGGCUUACAUGCACUCUCGUAUGCGUGCCCGCGUCUCGGACUUCCUUAAGGUCCUUAACCGUGCCAAACCUGAGGUUCAAGCAGCGGAGAGAAAGUUGGCCAGUGGAAGGGCCUUCCGUCGCGUUUAAUGGAGCUGGAUAGGGCUAUUUACUUUUUGUCAAUACUUGUUACAGGAAAGUAGAAUAAGGAAAGAGAAGACCAUCAAAAGGGAUCAAUAUUAAGAAUAACUGACGAUGGACAAUAUGGCCAAAGCAUAUGAAUGCACAUGGUAAACCUAAGUAAGAUGAAGCAAUACCUAUGUCCUUCGAAGAUACCAUGGACAAUAAAAGACAAUCAAAAAUAAACAUGGAUAAAUAAAUAAAUGAUCCAGAUGAGCGAUCAUGUUUGGCG